UUUCGCGGAGAAGGGGGCGCCCCCCGGUUAGCGCCUGCGUAGCCCCAACCACCUCCUACCCCCUCCACACACAUGCACCCUGAUUAAGCUUUUCAGUCGGCCGCCGGAUCUGUCAUCGCUGACGUCAGCGAGCAGGCUAUGGCCAAUGAGAGCGCUCGGUGAUUGUUUCGCUCUCUGGGCUGGCGGCGUGUCUACGAAUUUCUAUUCAGCAGCCUCCCAGCGCCCUGCUGCUGCCUCUCAAGCGUAUAGGAUUCCACGUAGGCAUUAAAAGGGGGGGAGGGAACAGGAAAACAAAAAAACAAAAACAAAAACCAAACCAGCCCCAGCCCCUAUCCCCCCCCCCAAAAAAAAAACUUUGGGGGAAAAAAAGUUUCGCCUCUCUCUGUCUCUGUCUCUCUCCUCCCCGCUGUCAGGUGACUUUUUAGAAUUAGAAGCUAAUGAGCGUGGAUGCUUUGGGGAGCCCAGUGAUGGACCCUGCUGCACUCUCCAAACGGAACACGGCGCUGAGAUUAGUAGACUUGGCAGGGGCUCAUCACCACCAUCAUCAUCUCCACCCCCCUCAGAGCAUGACAGGCUUCCCGGGCUUCGCCGGGCAUCCCCACUCAGUGGCUUCCACGCACCCUGGGGAGUACGCCGCGGAAUCCCGCCUAGGGCCGAAUCCAUUCCGGCCUGAACACAUGGGGCACCAACACCAUCAUCAUCAUCAUCAUCCUCAUCACUCUGCGGCCCUUAAACUCAGCCCUGCCCCUCAUCCUCAUCCUCACCACCAGUGCCACCACCACCACCAUCAUCAUAUGGCAGGCCAAGCUGAGGUGGUCUCUAGUCAAACAGGAACGUUUGGCCCGGCGCAGUCAACAGCAGUCCCUUACCCAGUGUCUCGCACAGCCCAGGCUAUUUCAGCAGGUAGGGACUUCUUAAUACGCAGGGAUCUGACAGCUCCAGUCAUGCCAGGGCUAACUGAGCAACACACUGCUACAAGCUCUCACCACGGAAUGUUUGUCUCAACAACAGGUAGCUACCCCGGACACCAUGGUCACCACCACUCAGAAGCUGGGAAUCAUUCUCUGUUCUCUGGACUCCAUGAGCAGCCUCCCCAUGCAACUCCAGGUGGCCAUCUAAACGGACAGAUAAGACUGGGGUUACCUGGAGAAAUGUACGCCAGGUCUGAACUUUUCACUCAAGUACCAGCCUCCAGGACCGAUCCUUUUGCUGCUUCCUCGCUUCAUAGCUACGGUGGCAUGAAUCUGAACGUGAAUCUGGCUCCACACCACGGCCCUGGUGCUUUCUUUCGUUACAUGAGGCAGCCCAUCAAACAGGAACUCAUCUGUAAAUGGAUUGAGUUGGACCAGACUCCCAAAAAAUUAUGCUCGAAAACUUUCACCACAAUGCAUGAGCUGGUGACUCAUGUCACAGUGGAGCAUGUUGGAGGACCCGAGCAGUCCAAUCACAUAUGUUUCUGGGAAGAGUGUCCAAGAGAGGGGAAACCUUUCAAAGCCAAAUAUAAACUUGUAAAUCACAUCAGAGUCCACACAGGUGAAAAACCCUUCCCCUGCCCUUUCCCAGGCUGUGGGAAAGUGUUUGCUAGAUCAGAAAAUCUCAAAAUACACAAAAGAACUCACACAGGAGAAAAACCAUUCAAAUGUGAAUUCGAAGGCUGUGACAGACGAUUUGCCAACAGCAGUGACAGGAAGAAGCACUCUCACGUGCACACCAGCGACAAACCCUACAACUGCAAAGUGAGAGGCUGCGACAAGUCCUACACCCACCCCAGUUCCUUGAGGAAACACAUGAAAGUGCACUGCAAAUCCCCUCCUCCGAGUUCAGGCUACGAGUCCUCCACACCUUCGCUGGUGUCUCCCUCCUCGGACUCCGGCCGGGACCCUCCUGCUUCCUGUUCUCACGCAGAGCCAGUAGCAUCGUCGCAAACUGCAGCUAACCUGAGCGAAUGAUGUCUACCCCGUUGCUCUCAAGGUAAUCUAGACAGACGCAGCUGAAAGCCUGAAUCUUAUGCCUUAGACAUCAAAGAAAGCUCGCACAAAGAAGUAUUUCUUCGCAAGGGUGAAUCUUCAUGGUAAGUUAGGAUUUCUAUGGCAAUAGGCAAGUCAUACUUAAAUAGUGAAAGGCAAAGUCUGGAGCCCGUCCAGACUUUUCAUUAAGGACAUAAUAUUUACGUCUAACAGGCCCUUUUUUCUUGUGUAUACAAGUAUAUAUUUUUGUUUGACGCGAACUAAAUCAUUUUCAUUUAAUUUCCGGUAAACAAAACCCACGCGAAUGGGCACUUGUUCCAGAUCAUAAUAAAAAUGGAUAAGAAUGUCAGGAAGAAAAGGCCCGCUUGAACCGUCGCGUCAGCUCACUUUUGUUUCUGCUUCUGCCUUGGUCAGAGAAUGCGUUUGGGAUUUGAUGGCGAGUUUCUAAAGGCAAGGAAAUGGUUUUUAAGGGGGAAAAGAAAAGGAGAAAGGUCUAAUCAAGCUCGGGUUGUUCAAAGGGUCUGAUUUUGGGGUUGAAAGUGUGAGUUUUAUGGUGCAUCAACAUGCCACGUUAGGAUCGCUAUGGUAAUGAGGAGAGCAAUAGCAAGCGGCCUUCAAAGGAGGCACACUCCAUUUGAGACAGUCUAUUAAGAUACAUUUGCGCUGACCUUUGGUUUCAUGCUAGCUUAAUACAGUCAAUCUGCUCUUCGUCAGAAAUAUACUUCCUCCGCCUAAUACACUUUAACAGACUGUUUUUGUUUGCUUUCACCCGAAGGUGGGGUUUGGUAUGGUAUUUUUGCACUGAAGUUAUUAUACCAAAAGGAGGGACUGCCAAUACAGGGCAUGUACAUAUCCUGGGUUAGUGCUAACUCUCUUCAGAACAUGAGCAUUUCUAACCAGCUGACAUAUUUUUUUUUAGAAUCCAGACGAUCAAACUUUCCCAUUCAAAAAUGGCUCCAGUGUAAAAAAAUAUAUAUAUAUUGUGUGUCCUCCUCCCACACCCUUCCCCAGUCCCCAGACAGUGAAGUUAGGAUGGGAAAUUAAAGGGACACUUGAACUUUCUUAGUCUAAUGGUGUAAGGUGUAUCUAGGAAGGUAAAUAAGAACCUUUGGAUCAUAUCAAUAUUCCCUGAAAAAUAAAUAGGGAAAAGGCCUGACUAGAAGCUGUUGUGGAGGAAGUCCCCAGCCCAAGGGAACACUGAUAGUGGCAGGUUUGGAAAGUGAAAAGUGCUUGAAGGGAUGAAGAACUUGACAUCCGCAUGGCUGAGGCCAUGGCCGAUGGGUUAUGGUCCCGGGAAAGUUAGAAGUCCUAUUCCAGUAAUUGUCUUGUUGUUUAUUUUAUCCAAGUACCCUAGUGAAUAGGGGAAAAAUAAACACGACGAAAAAAUUCAAACAGUUGAGUCGUCUUUAGUGCCAGCCCUUGUGAUUGAAUAAAAAGGAUGGUCCAAUUUCUAUUGAGCUGAGAAAUCUUUGAAGUGGGAGUUAUUAUCUGAGAAAUUCCUGCUUGUCGUCCUAACAACGCUGAUGAAACGUAAAAGGUUCUUUGUCAGCGAUUUGUUCUCCUUUCUGUCAAACUCACCCUGCCCGUUAGCUUUAAACCGUUUCAAAAGAGAUAAAAUCGAACUUUUAAAGAUAACUUUAGGGGCCGAGAGGAUACAGAAAAUGGCAAACUAUCUACUCAUAUGUAUAUGCAUACAUACGUAUGUGUAUGUGUCUAUGUGUAUCUCUGUCUGUGUAUAGAUAUAUAGAUAUAUAGAUAGGUGUAUGUAUGUCCUGGCUGCUCUAUAGUUCUCAGUUUUAAACGAUGUCCAUUUCUGCAUUUUAUCUCCUGAACUUUUCUGUCCAAUAAAUUAUUCCUACACAUUUGCUGCACGGAAUGUAAUUCUUGUGAAAAGGCAGAAAUGAGGUGUUUCAUUAACACUAGUCUGUAACCAGCAAGUGUUUUCUUUCCAGUAUAAUGAAUGCAACAGCAUACCCUUAAGAGUAAAGGCUUUGAUAAUUUUAACAUUCAGGAUACCUAUUAAGCAUGUAUAUACUGCAAUGUACCGAAAUUGUUACGCAUUAAAACCGAUGGCUUCCA